ACCAGUCACCACUCACAUCCCGGACACCUCUUCCUCCCCUUCUUCACCCACUGCCACUGGCCUGGCCUCUCACGGGCCACAUAGCCAUGGCGACGACCAUCUCUACGCACAUCUACACCACCUCUUCUAGCGCUCCCUCCCAGGCCCCAGCUGCUGCAAGUAGGAGUACGUAGUAAGCAGCCGUACAUAGGUGAUAGGUUCAGUCAAUAGUUCAGAGAGAGGGUAGAGGUACGUAGGCAUAUAUAGAACUAUACAAGAACGGUAGAGACAGACAGGGCAGGGGAGAUGAUGCUGGGGAAGAGAUCCGGGCGCCCGUCGCCUACGGCGCGACAGCACAUGCGACGGACCACAAGCUUGACGGAGUUCGCGGCGCCCGACAAAGUGCUGGCGGACGUGGCGGAGGAGGAGGACGAGGAGCUGCAGUUGCUGCCGGCGCACGCGGAGGCGGCCGAGCUGGAGGGCCCCUACGGAUGGGCCAUCGGCGGCGCUGCGGCGGCCGGGCGGGCGGACUGGCUGGCGGCGUACCGCGCCCGCGCGGCGCCGGUUCUGGCGGGGCUCCGCCGGAACUCCGCCGACUUCUCGGCCGCCGAGACCGCCGCGUUCCUCCGCGCCUGCGGGCUCUGCAACCGCCGCCUCGGGCCAGGCCGCGACACCUUCGUGUACAGGGGAGACACGGCGUUCUGCAGCCUCGAGUGCCGGCAGCAGCACAUCACGAUCGAGGAGUGGAAGGAGAAGUGCGCGCUUGCCACGCCGCCGGCGUCCGACCCGGUGGUGCCGCUACCGCCCAGGCCCAGCGGCGCGGGCUCCGACAAACCCGCGACGGUCCUAGCCUCCAAGUCCUAGCUGCCUAAAUCGAUCUGGCGCGCCACGCCCACCACACACGUCACAUGCAUAUACUCCUACCUAGGCUAGCCGUCGUCAGCUGUAUGUUCAUCUGCGCGGAUGCUCAGCUCAGAGAGCACAUACUGUUGCUGGCUUGCUGCUAUGUUCAUCUGCGCGGAUGCAUGCCACGCAUACAUGAUACAUGCAUUUUGAUCUCAGU